CCAUUUCUCGACAACCCCUGCGCUCGCAAACGUCCAUGUAGUGUAGACCUCCCCUCCUUUGUACCAUAUACUAUCCCUCCCUUGUACAGUAGAUAGCAUAUACGUCGUCUUUCUUGGUUUCUUUUGGUUAUUCCCUUAAUUCACUCCUACAGUACAUAGACCAACAACACACGACACGCCCGCAAUGGAGUUCCUUUCGCCAGCAGCACCCGCUCCCUUUUCACCACUCGGCGUCGGCGCUCCACCUGGGUUCCAACUCCACUCUCUGUCACCAUUCGUCUGCCCAGCACCAAACCCUCCUGCCCUCGUCAAGGCCGUCGUUCCCGAUUCCCCACCGUCGCCAGAACAGCACGCCCAAGCGGUGGACAUUCCUGCACCAACCGUCGUAUCCGCUGACCAUACAGUCAUUCGUCCCUCCGUGAGGUCGAAAGUUGCAAACAGGCCGUACGGACAGCCUCGAAAGAAUGUCACGUUUCGUGAGUUUGUGACUGUGGCCCCGACAUGGAGCGGCGACGAGUACGACCGCACAAGCACGGACGUGGAACCGCUCACCAAGCGGGAUCUCAUCGAACUACUCCUGUUCCGGGCCGAGAUGCAAAACUACACCAGGGAGCUUGUUCGUAUUCGCAAGCAGGCCAUCGACGCUGAACGCCGUUUCCAACGUCAACAAGAAAUUGCUGCAUUGCAAGCCUACCAACGCUGCACGAUCGCUGCAGCGGCGCAAUACGCUGCUCACCCCACUCUCGGUUGGGGCGGUGGUAUGGCCAUAGCUGCGGCUGGCGGUACCCCCAUGUAUACACCUUACCAACACCAAAACGACCAAGCUUUGUACUUCAACGACAAGAUUCAGGCCUACCGUUCCGCCACACCCGGUUAUCCAAGCCACGGUCGCAGCGACUACGGCAUGGACAACAUUGUAUAUUACUAGACGCCGCUUUUCGAUACCCGCCUGAAAAGCACCCGUUUCCGCGCUGGAGCUCCCGUCUCAAGAUGUUCGGGUCUCAAGUGUCGGACGACAAGUGCAUACAAGCGAAAGCUAGCAAACCCGUUUCAACGAAACA